AUGGAGAGCCCGCUCUACGAGAGCAAGAUAAGCGACCCCCCAGCGCUGUCUAGCCUUGCCCAACUCGACUCGGACCCAUUGUCGACUGAGAAAAAGGUCACCGAUAGUGGAUCGGAUAGUAUUGAGAUUGCGAACGAAAAAGUCGACCUCGAUUCAACCCGCUUCGAUGAAGACGAACCGGAAUACCGCAACGGAGAGCCGGUGAUCAAUACUGGACGGGACGUCUCUCGGUUUGCCGUCGACAUUCGCGACGACGGAGACGAUGCUCUCACAUUUAGGUCGAUAUGUCUUGGGACUGCAUUUGCUGGUAUGGGCGCUGCACUUAGCCAGAUAUAUCUUUUCAAACCUAUACAAGUUGGAGUGUCUACAGUAUUCUUGCUGCUUUUGAUCUUUACGGUUGGGAACGCGUGGGCGAAAAUCUUGCCGAAGCGAUCUUUGGUCAUAGGCACACCUUUCGAAAGACUUGGUGGAAUUUUACAUUUUAUAAAUCCGGGUCCUUUCACAUUGAAAGAACACGUUGUUGCCUCCUUGGUUGCUUCGACUGCAGCAGGAGGUAGUUCGGCCGUUCAAAAUUUUGCUGUGCAAAGGAUAUGGUCUGGUAGGGCUACUGCGCCCCCUCACGGUGUAUCCUUCAGAAAUGGUGUAUUGGUCGGUCUGUAA